ACUCAUCCCUUCAUUGAUUCGGGAAGCCAUUUAUAGCACAUUACGUUUUGGUUCUUAUGAGCCUAUCAAGAAACUGUAUGGAGCCAAGGAUCCAACUAGAACUCCCCUCAGUAUAAAGCUUGCUGCUGGUGCUACAGCAGGUGCUCUUGGUAGCUGGUUUGCUAACCCUAUGGACAUUGUCAGGAUUAGACUCCAGGGAGAUGGACAACCACUGCCAGGACAGCAGCCAAGGUACCCACCUAUGAUCACACAAAGCACUCUAUACUCAACCACGGCUGGAUGACAGAAGGGGCAAAGCUGCACUUCGUUUCAUC